GCCACCCUCUCUCUACGACGGCACUGUAGCUGCAGUGUCUAGUAUAUUGCCUUCCAAGACGUAAUCCUGGCGAAUCAGCGUUCAGUUCAGAUACGACCUGCGGCGUCCCGUUCUGUCAAACUGGAGUUUCGAGUGUGUCGUGAAACAGUGAAAGUUCAGAGCGAAAGCGAAACGACGGGAGUGGCCCUUCACUCAGCAUAAUUGACGGAAUUCGAUAGAAAUGAACUGAUUUCUUGAUAACUCUGUUACGGAGUAUUGAAACUAUUUGUGUUCGGAAUCUUUCAUUCUAUCGCAUAUUUGCAAUUGGAAGCCAUGGAAGACGAUCUGCCGACCGAAUACGAUGUCAUCGUCGUAGGGACAGGUAUGACGGAGUCCAUUGUUGCAGCAGCCGCGAGUAGAAUCGGUAAAAAGGUCCUUCACCUAGACAGUAAUGAAUAUUAUGGUGGCCUCUGGGCAACAUUUAAUUUUGAUGGUCUACAGAAAUGGAUAGAAGAUUUAAAAAUUUCAAAAAAUAAUACCAAGGAUGUAACAGGAAUAGAUUUAGAACCCGAAGAAAAGUUUUUAAAAGCUAGCGAUCAAUAUUCUACAGUAGAAAAUAUCGAAGAAACUUGGUAUAUUUCAAACGAGGCUGAUUUGCCUGUGGUUUCUUCAAAAGAUACUCAAACUGAUAGUACUGGGGAAGGUAGUGGUAGUGGCGAUGAGAAGGCAGAUGAGGAUAAAGUUGAUAAAAAGGAAAAUGUUAAACAUUGGAGUAUAGAUCGUAUAAGAAAAGAAUACAGAAAAUUCAAUAUUGACUUGGCUCCAAAGUUGCUGUUCGCGCGAGGUGAACUUGUAGAAUUGCUCAUCUCCAGUAACAUCUCUCGUUAUGCGGAAUUUCGAUCAGUAUCUAGAGUGGCAACUUUUAUGGAUGGAAAACUAACGCAAGUACCUUGCUCGAGAACCGAUGUGUUUGCAAAUAAAACUGUUAGCCUUGUUGAGAAAAGGAUGCUUAUGAAAUUGCUCACAUCGUGCAUGGUACAAGGUGCUGAUAGUCCCGAAUUCGAUGGAUUCCAGGAGAAGACUUUCCUAGAAUAUCUACAUACAAAGAAUUUGACGCCAAUCGUGCAACAUUACAUAGUCCAAGCGAUCGCAAUGGCAACUGAGAAGACAUCUUGUAGAGAUGGUGUAAAUCGCACAAAACAUUUUCUUAACAGUCUUGGACGAUACGGUAGUACACCUUUCCUUUGGCCUAUGUACGGUAGUGGAGAAUUGCCUCAGUGCUUCUGCAGAUUGUGUGCAGUAUUUGGAGGAGUGUAUUGUUUAAAGAGACAACUUGACGGUGUAGUAAUAGAUAAUGAGAAAUGUAAAGCUAUAAUUAGUGGCAAGCAACGACUGACUUUGAAACAUUUAGUUGUUGGCCAAGGUCAUUUACCACCAGAAAUUGUAGCUUUCGAAGGUGAACAACGGAUAUCACGUGGAGUAUUCAUUACGGACAGGUCAAUAAUGCAAGGCGAGAAGGAGAAUUUGACACUUUUAUAUUAUCCUCCGGAAGAACCGGGUCAAGAACCUGUUACAUUAAUUGAAUUGGGACCAUCUACAAAUGCUUGUCCUCAAGGACUAUUUAUGGUUCACAUGACAUGCAAGCGAACAACAAAUGCGAAAGAAGACUUGGCCUAUGUUGUCAAUAAAUUUUUAAGAGCUGAAACCUUCGAUCCAUUAGCCAAUCGUUCAUCCAUUCAUAGCCAUACACAAACUGUUUCUCCAGACAAAAGACACCUUCAGGAAGGUGAACAAGAAAACGACAAGGAAGAAUUUGCAGAAAAUAUAAAACCGCAAGUUUUAUGGUCAUUGUACUUAAAUCUUCCCGCAAGUGAUAUUAAAUUAAACGAUUCUGCGCCAAAUAACCUUCAUCUUUGUUCCGGUCCAGAUUUAGAUCUUGACUUUGACUUUGCAGUGAAUCAGGCAAUGAGCAUCUUCAAAGCGAUGUAUCCUGACGAAGACUUCCUACCGCGAGCUCCAGAUCCAGAGGAGAUCGUGCUCGACGACGAAGAAGAACCAGGCCCGAAAUUCGAAGGAGAUAUAGAGGCUGAAGAGAAACAGGAUGUUGAGAAGACUGAGAAAGAGGAAUAAAUGGUCUUUAUUUCGUCUUUUCAUCUUGAAAACACGGGCCAGCUCCCUUAGCCGCACACCUCUUUCUAUCCAAAGUUAUAUGCGCCUCCUUACGUUUGAAUGUCGAGCAACUUUUAUCCGAACAAUUGACGAACCAAUUUUUACGAAAUUAAAUUACCAGCCAUGUCCGUAAAUAGUGCUAGACGCCACGUAAGCUUAAUUAAAUGAUUACAUAAGUAAGUAUUUAACGAUAAACAAUUCUAUUCACUUUGAAAUAAGUGCUUGAAAUAUUGUUUUGUCUAGCACUCUUUGUAGACGAAACUGUUCGUUCGGAAAGAAAUGUUUAUUUCACUAAAAUAUAUAUAUAUAUAUAUUUAUUUAUAUAUAUAUUUAUCGAAAUAAGUCUGUUAAAAAUUGUUCGUGAAUUUUCGAAUAAAAUUUCAGUCAGCUGGCGCUCAAGUCUGCGUUACACUUGCUCUUUAUCAAAUUACAGUCUGGCCGACCGAAAGCAUUUAUUUUUCUUCUCUUUUCUCCUCUUUUCUCCUCUUUUCUCUGAACGAAACUUCUUUUCAAAUGUUCAGUUUCGAGGAAAUAAAAUGUAGUUUUACGACACAUAAGAGAGACGUGGGAGGAUUGAUAGAUCAUUACUGAAAAUCAUCAUUCUUCUACCGAGUAACAUUCGGCGGUUAAUAUAUACUAUCAGUUUCGAAUUAGGUAUAAAAUUAAUAUGAGAUCAAUUUUACAUAAACGUGUAAAGAAUUUGAUGAUUCAUACGUAUAAUCGGUUUCUAGUUUAAUCAAGAUAAAUAAGGCCUACGUGGCACCGAUUAUGUCUAUGAAUGAUGAAAUUUGAAAAAUCAUUAAGCAGAUUUAAUCCUCGUUAAUCUCAUUGCUUUGAUUGCAUUGCAUUUUUAGCGGAAAUGUAAGAAAAACAUAUGUAUAUAUAUAUAUAUAUAUAUAUGAUAUAUACAUGAUAUAUAUAUAUAUAUAUAUAUAUACACAUAUAUCUCGUUCCACGUUCCUCUGCUAUACGAAUAAUACAAGUAAAUAUUGUAAUGUCUUUUAUCCGAACGUUAAUACAUAUUAUACAUCAUUAGUGUAUUUAUUACGUACUGUAUUACAUAGCAUAGUUUAAUCAUUAUACAUUGUUAGUAUAGGGACAACCUUAGGCUGCGAAAGAUCAAUCGUUCCUCGACUAUUUAUAUAUUCCUUUAACUUAAUAUGCUUCAUACAUUUCAUUGAUCUUAAUAGUAUAUUUGUCAUCAUUUAACUUUUGUUGCACUUCAUUAUAAUUUUAUCAGAAGAAUUCUGAUGAUAUUUAUUCUACCAAUUUUAUUUUAUUGUUAUUAUUUUCAUAUGCUUCAAUUUUAUAUAGUUGGCUUUUCUCGAUAAGUAUUGACUAUUUAUUAAGUUUUACCGUAUUUAAAUAGUUUUCUCACAUUGUUUAUGGUAUUUCGUUUUCCUUAUCUUCUCUUUUCUUCUCUUUUCUUCUCUUUUCUUCUCUUUAUAAAUAAAAUACAUUCCUUCAUGCAAUUGUACGCGUAGCACUCUUCUACGUGUUUCAAACGAUUGAAAAGAAAGAAAAAAUGCUGUCGGUUGGUUUCGCUCGUAUAGUAUGAAAAUUUUUAGACACAUUGACCGUAGAGCGGCUUGAAUGUCAGAAUCGAUAAUCUUUUCUUGCCGUUGCUGCUUCGAUGUGCGCGCAUUUAUUUACAUUUAUCUGAUAAUACGCCGUACUCAGCAUUGAAAUACAGUAAACUGAUACGAACCGAAAAAUAAUAAUUCAUUUCACCAAACGUAUCUCCUAGAAAAAUUUUAUCAUUCAAGUUUUGACAGGAGCUUUUCAGUUAAGAAAAUCCGAUUGCAAUUAGUGACUCGUAUUUCGAAUAACUGCUGUGUAAACGAAUUCUUCUUAUUUAAAUCUUGUACUUUUUAUUCGUAAGUAUUUGGUAAUCAUAUACUAGAAUCGAAUAUUAGUCACUUAUUUCAAUCAGAUAUUUAUUUAUAAUGUUUACAUAAUUUUCGUUCCUUUUUUCUGUGAUGAAUUAAUAAGCAAAAAGAUAACUUAUA